AUGAACAAACAACAAAAUGAUUAUUCAGCAGGCCCUUCACCGUAUCCAGCAGCACCCCCAUCAUAUGCAGCAGCACCUCCACCAUAUUUCGGAUCAUCGUAUCCAGCACCGCCACUCCCAACACCUUUUAUCAGGGGUGACUAUCCUGUACAGUGCGUAUGUACUAAUUGCAAACAACAUAUUGUGACAAGAGUAGAAACAAAAAAUGGUCUUGUGACAUGGGGUAGCUGUGGCGCUAUUUGUCUAUUUGGAGCUCCUGUCGGAUGUUUUUUGGGAUGCUGUUUAAUUCCAUUCUGUAUUGAUGCUCUUAAGGAUAAAGUUCACUUUUGUCCAAAUUGUUCUUGUGUUCUUGGCGAACAGAAAGCAUUCAGUAUGUGA